AACUGUACAGGAGAGGAGAAACAUUCCCGAUGGAGUAACACUUCUAAACAGUAUUCUGUAAGCGCAGUGAUUUGGGACUGGAUUGAAAUCUUUUAAACAUCCUAAUUCACACUGAUAUUUUAAGAUCCACGGAUUAAUCAACGGUAAGCAUCAUCCUUUCGGGAAAGACAGUAUUUGCGCAGUAUGCUGCGAUGGAAUAUACUGAGACGGAAGGGAAUUGCUGGGAUUUCCAUAAGUUUGACUUGUGGUAGAUAACUUGGAUUUGGAAUCGCGCGUCUCCUGCUCUGUUUGUGAAUUGAGGUAUAAUUUUAGGAUGUAAAAUGGAUUCUUUCUGUUCCAGCGGAUGGUUAUGAUGCGAGUUUUGUUUUGAGGGGGAAUUGAAAGAUAUGGUCAGUGGUCAGUCAGGAGAGACUGAAAAUUUCCCGCGCCUGCUCUGCGGUGGAAGACUACAGGCGGGCGCUCGUGGAAGAACCGAACCUUCUGAAGAGAGCGCGUGCCAUGCCGUUUUGGGUCUCGAGCGGUAGAAAGCUGUAAAACCUGUGGCCAGGAGUUGACUGAGACGCGGUGAUGGGCUUUGCUAUGAGGCACCGCUGGUUCAUGGUGCCACUGCUAAUGCAGGCAUGGCUGUCUGCCACCCCUUGCUUUGGUGAGCGUCCUUGCCCCCGGAGCUGUCGAUGCGAUGGCAAAAUUGUAUACUGUGAGUCUAGCGCAUUUCGUGAUGUUCCCAAGAACCUCUCAGGCGGCUGUCAAGGCCUGUCCCUGCGGUAUAACAGCUUAGCAAGCCUGAAGGCAGGCCAAUUUGUUGGCCUCAACCAGCUCAUUUGGCUGUACCUGGACCACAACUACAUUGCCAAUGUGGAUGCACGUGCUUUUCAAGGGAUACGGAGGCUCAAAGAGCUAAUACUGAGCUCCAACAAGAUCACACUGCUACAUAACACCACAUUUCACCUGGUACCCAACUUGAGGAACCUGGACCUUUCCUAUAACAAGCUACAAGCUCUACAACCAGGGCAGUUCCAGGGACUGCGCAAGCUACUCAGCUUGCAUAUGCGCUCAAACUCCCUUAAGAAUCUUCCCUCUCGCCUUUUUCAAGACUGCCGUAAUCUUGAAUUCCUUGACCUUGGUUACAACCGACUACGCAGCAUUACUCGCAAUUCAAUGUCCGGCCUGAUGAAGCUAACAGAGCUGCAUAUUGAGCAUAACCAGUUCUCCAAAAUCAACUUUUUCAACUUUCCACGCUUCUAUAACUUGCGUGCUCUUUACUUACAGUGGAACCGCAUUAGGACCAUGAGUGAAGGCCUUACAUGGAGCUGGACAUCAUUGCAGAAGCUUGACCUUUCAGGAAAUGACCUUCAGGAGAUCGAUGCAGAGGUGUACCGGGGCAUACCAAAUCUUCAGACACUUAACCUGGAUUCAAACAAGCUUGUUAAUGUGUCUCAAGAAGCUGUGGAUGCCUGGACCUCUUUGACAGCAAUUAGUCUGGCAGGCAACAUGUGGGACUGUGGACCAGUUGUUUGCCCACUGGUGGCCUGGCUGAGAACCUUCCGUGGAAACAAAGAAAUUAAUAUGAUUUGCGCAUCACCCAAAGAAGUCCAAGGGGAGAAGGUUAUGGAUGCUGUUGAUGCCAAUGGGGUUUGUAGGGCUGCUAUGCCAUCAACUGUAUCUGCAACUGUUCCCUCUACCCCAUUUAUCGCCUUUGCCCAGUCCACAGCCAGCUCUUUCAUGCCAACUCUAAAGUCUGGAGACAGCAGAAGGGGCCAGGGGACAUCCUUGGAAGGUACCACCUCUUCUGCACCUUCUCAGCCCGCUGUCCCACCACCUGAGCAAGACUUUGAACCUGUAUCAUUCCACAAGAUAGUGGCAGGAAGUGUUGCCCUCUUCCUGUCGGUUGCCAUGAUCCUCCUUGUAAUUUAUGUGUCAUGGAAGCGCUAUCCAAGCAGUGUUAAGCAGCUACAGGAAAACUCGGCUGCAGCUCGCAAACGUCGGAAAAAGUCACGGGAGACAGAGCGCACACUCAGCACACCAUUGCAGGAGUACUAUGUGGACUACAAGCCUAAUAACACAGAGGGCACGGAUGUGCUGGUCAAUGGUACCGGGCCAUGCACUUACACCAUCUCUGGCUCCAGAGAAUGUGAGGCAGAGGUUCAUUGUGCUUGA